AUGCCUCGCGAGCAGCAAAAGAGAGGCCGCAGGGCCGAAAAGAAGGAGAAAGAUGAUACCAAGCGAAAGUUCGAGGAGACUUCUGAAACACCCGCGAAACGAGUGAAGUCCUCCACCGACAAUGCCAACGACAAUGCCGAAUUCCACGAUAAUGCGGACUACAUUCCCCUCGACUACGAUCAAGGGGACCAGUCGGAGUUCCAGGGGCCCGAUGAAAGCGGUGACAUGCCCUUCUAUGGUCUUCUGGACGAGGAGGAGUCCGAAUACUUCCAGCGUGCCAACGAGAUGCUUGAAUUGAACCAAUUCCAAGACGCCGAAGAGCGGAGUUUGUUUGUCGACAGUGUAUACUCGGAAGCAAAUGGCAAGGAGUUGAAGAUUGCCUGUAGUCAGGGCUGCUCAAGGCUCAUGGAAAAACUGAUCUCCAUGUCAAACGCCCAACAACUGCGCCGGAUAUUCAGCAAGUUUGUUGGCUCCUUCCUUCACCUGGUGCAGCACCGCUUUGCAAGCCAUUGUUGCGAAACCCUCUUCAUUCACGCCGCGCCUGCUGUCAUGCAGAAGACCAAAUACAACAAGAAGGCCGAGGAGGAGGAUGGAGACGAGGAACCGGAGCUGUCGAUCGCGGACAUGUUCAUGGCUGUGAUCGAGGAGCUGAAGGAAAAUUGGGGAUAUCUGUUGACGGAGCGCUUUGCGUCGCAUACAAUUCGAGUCCUGUUGCUGGUUCUUGCGGGCGAGCCUGUAGAUGUCACAUCAACCGACUCUUUUGUGGCCAGUCGCAAGAAGGAAAGACUGGAGAUUCCAACCGUCCAGGGCGAGGAAAAGGUUGACAAAUCCAAGUCCGAAAAGCACAGUGUUCCAGAAUCCUUCGAACCUGCACUCAAGAAGAUCAUGACUGAUAUGGUUGCCGGUCUUGAUGACACUUAUCUCCGCGCCAUGGCCACACAUCCGGUGGGAAACCCCGUUCUCCAGGUGCUUUUGUUCCUUGAACUUUCGCAUUUCGGCAAGUCAAGUGCCAAAGAUCCCAAGUCGACCAUCCGAAGACUUGUUCCGGACGAGUCCUUCGAAGAAGAAUCGGAGAGCGCAAUCUUCAUCCGCGGUCUACUCUAUGAUCCGGUUGGUUCUCGCCUAUUGGAGACAAUGGUGCGGUAUCUUCCUGGAAAGGCCUUUAAGAACCUUUACAGGAACAACCUGGGCGAACGAAUCGGCUCUCUUUCUCGCAAUAGCACCGCUGGAUACGUGGUUCUCCGCAUGUUGGAAAGACUUGGUAAGGACGAUUUGAAGAUUGCUAUGAGUCACAUUGUCCCCGAAGUUCCGGGUCUCAUUGAACGGUCGAGACUCAUUGUUCCCAAGUGUCUGAUCGAUCGGUGCGUCGUCCGUGGGGUGGAUACCAAACCUCUGGCAGAAGCACUCGAAGGUGCUUACAGUCAGGACCCCUCCAUUAGACUGCAGCAAAUGCUCAAAUUCAACCUCUCGGAAACCGCAGCGCCUCAGCCUGAAGACCAUGACAUGGAUGGCGACAGCGAGGAGAAGGAGCGCAAGCCUCGCGGUCCACCCCCGCUAUCUGCGGCCGAAAAGGCAGAGAAACUUCAUGCCUCUUUGUUGGUGCAGGCGAUGUUGACCGUUUCGGGUCCCCUGAGCCAACUGGUUUACACAAGUCUCCUCGCGCAGUCUCCCGAGACGAUUAUAAAGCUUGCCCAGGAGCCCACUACUUCCCGUGUUCUUCAGUCCGCCCUGAACUCCACCAGCUCAACGACUCAAAUCCGACGACAGCUCACUACCCGCUUCCAGGGUCAUCUCACCACACUUGCAUUGAGCCCCAGUGGGUCACACGUGGUGGAUGCUCUUUGGUCCGCGACCAAAGAUAUCUUCUUCGUCAAGGAGCGCAUGGCGCAAGAACUCGAGCAGAAUGAGCACAUCCUUCGCGAUUCCUUUGUGGGUCGCGCAGUCUGGCGCAACUGGUCUAUGGACUUGUUCAAGCGUCGUCGUGGCGAGUGGACUCGCAAGGCCAAGGGCCUUGAGGAGCGAGUUGUAAGCAAUGAGGGUGCAGAGCGUCCCAAGUCUAAGAUUGAACAGGCGCGAGCUCGCUAUGCUGCAGCUCGGGAGGCAGCUGAGGCCGGAGCCACUGGUGCUAACCAGACCGCAGUGGCUAGCAAAAACUGA